UGUAGGACCCAGGAUGGGAGGAGAGGAAGCAGAUUGGGGGAGCAUUGGCCUUAGUUCUGCUCCUUCUGCCCUCAGGAACCCCCAGUGCUGUGUCCAGAUUCUGUGGGGAAGGUUUGCUGGCACGCUGGCCCCACCCAGCCAGUGGAAUGUCAGCCGCGCUGGAUCUGAAAUCGAAGGAGGAGAAGGAUGCUGAACUGGACAAGAGGAUCGAGGCUCUGAGGCGGAAGAAUGAGGCCCUCAUCCGGCGCUACCAGGAGAUUGAGGAGGAUCGUAAAAAAGCUGAACUCGAGGGCGUAGCCGUGACAGCUCCCCGGAAGGGCCGCUCGCUGGAGAAGGAGAAUGUGGCAGUUGACGUGGAGAAGAACCAGGGUCCUUCCCGGAGGUCUCCUGGGACCCCUCGGCCCGCAGGGACCAGCAGGGGAGGCCGGACUCCCCCCCAGCAGGGAGGCCGGACUCCCCCCCAGCAGGGAGGCAGGGCAAGCACGGGCCGGGCAUCCCGCAACUGGGAGGACAGUCCUGGGGAGCAGCCUCGUGGAGGAGCUGGGGGCCGCGGCCGCAGGGGCCGGGGCAGAGGGUCCCCUCAUCUCUCAGGAGCUGGAGAUGCCUCAGCUGCCGACCGCAAAUCCAAGGAGUGGGAGGAGCGGCGCAGGCAGAACAUCGAGAAGAUGAACGAAGAGAUGGAGAAGAUUGCGGAGUAUGAGCGCAAUCAGCGGGAAGGCGUCCUGGAGCCCAACCCUGUGCGGAACUUCCUGGACGACCCCCGGCGGCGCAGCGGGCCCCUGGAGGAGCCUGAGCGGGACCGCCGGGAAGGCAGCCGCCGGCACGGGCGCAACUGGGGGGGUCCCGACUUUGAGCGGGUGCGCUGUGGCCUUGAGCAGGAGCGGCAGGGCCGCCGGGCCGGCCUGGGUGGUGCCAGUGACAUGACGCUCUCCAUGACGGGCCGGGAGCGGUCAGAGUACCUGCGCUGGAAGCAGGAGAGGGAGAAGAUCGACCAGGAGCGGCUGCAGAGACACCGCAAGCCCACCGGCCAGUGGCGGCGGGAGUGGGAUGCUGAGAAGACCGAUGGGAUGUUCAAGGAUGGCCCAGCCACUGCCCUUGAACCAUCUCACCGCUAUGAUGACCAGGCCUGGGCCCGGCCCCCCAAGCCCCCCACUUUCAGGGAGUUCCUGUCCCAGCACAAAGCUGAGGUCAGCCGCAGGAAGAGGAAGGGCAGCCGAGCCCAGGCUAAGGCAGUCCCCCGUGCCUACAGUGACCAUGAUGACCGCUGGGAGAUGAAGGAGGCAGAGUCCCCAGCCCCUGAGGCCCCACAGCCCACUGCCCCCGAGGAGACGCCCACACAGCUGCCUGAGACCCCAGCCCCUGUCCCACGGCCUCCUGAGGAUCAGGGGGAGGAGGACAUGGGGGAGGACGAGGAAUGGGAAGAUGUGAGUGAGGAAGAGGAGACUGAGGCAGAGGCCGAGGAGGAGGCCGAGGAGGAGGAGGAGGAGGAAGAGGAGGAGGAGGCUGCAGUGGCUGAGGCGGAGUCGGAGACGCCAGCCCAAGACCACCAUCCCCAAGGAUCUGAGCCCACUGGGAGCCCCAGCAGUGAGCAGGCCAACAAAGAGCCCUCGGGCCCUGAGGAGCCCCUGCCACUUCCCCAGUCCCCUGCCACACCGUCCAGCCCCUUCUCACCCCCUGGGGGCCACCAGCCUGUGUCUGACUGGGGUGAAGAGAUGGAGCUGAAUUCUCCCCGGACCGCCCUCUCUCCGGGAGGUGACCAGCCAGCCCCUGCCUCCCUGGAGAGUGAGCCCAGCCUCCCAGGAACCCAGAAAACUGAAGAGGAGGGGUCCGAGGCAGCUCCAGAGACGGGCCCCGAGGGCCAGGAGACUGCGGAGAUCACCGACUUCCAGAGGGCCUCCCCGAAUUCCUGAAGACGCUGCUGGGAGGGCACUGAAGCUUCCCCGCCUUAAUGGGGAGGGGGCGGCAGGAGGGGGUUAGUGUGGCCCUCCAGGCUGUGGUCUCAUCCCUGAAGCCCACUCUGGACCCCACGGCUUAGGGAGAGGGAGAAAUUGAAGGUGGUGGGGGAGGAGCUAAGGAAGGGGCAUGGUUGGGGUGUGGGGUGGAGCUGCAAUUUCGGGCCACCUCUGGAGGAGGAGGCUGGUCCUUGAGGGCGUGAUUAGGGCUUUGGGGAGGGCCAGAAUUCUGGUGGGCGGAGUUAGAAGGGGACCAUAAGAGGAUGUGAGGUGGGGCCUGUAGAGCCCGUUUAGACUGGAGUUCCUAACGCUGGUGUGGGGCGCAGCCACCCGCCGAGGUAGUGGUUGGAAUUCGGCACUGGAACGGGUGGAGUGCGGAGGAGAAAAGGGAUGGAGCCCGGUCUAGAGAGGUGAAGCCAGGGGCAGAAGACGGAAUCCAAUGCUGGAGUCUAGUCCGAUUCAGAGGAAAUUAAGCUGGAACUGGGGCGGGGCUUGCGAGGCCUUUGCCUGGUAAGGGGGCGGGGCUAGAUGCCGGGAAGAAGUCUGACCCAAAAAGGCGAUGGGGUUAGGGCGCCUGGAGGAGGCUUCCUAUGAGAGGACGGAGGAGCUAAGCGCUGGGGCGGGUGCUCAUUUAAGAGGCGUGGGUAGCCCUGGCCGGUGUGGCUCAGUUGGUUGGGCCUCGUGGGGUGCACUGUAAGGUUGCUGGUUCCAUUCCUGGUUAGGGCGGAUGCCGGGGUUGCCAGCUCUAUAUCCCCCAGUAGGGGGCGUGCAGGAGGCAGCCAAUCAUAUUUUGUGCUCACAUGAUGUUUCCCUCUCUAAAAGUCAAUUAAAAAUAUUAUAAAGUAGGGGAGUUUUUCUAAAAACGCAAAAAGAGGCGUGGGUAUAACCCCGAAUCUCAGCUGGGCCGAGACCUGCUUUUGAGAAAAAACCAGGUAUUGCAAUCCUGGGGCGGGGCCAGGACGCAGUGGGCGUGGUUAAGCCUUAGCUUGGUACUGGUUG